AGUCUCCUCAUUCCCCUCCAGGCCCACCGCCAAGAAAGCAAACCGCUCCUUGCGUCCGCUGGCAAGGAGGGCUGACCGCGCGCGGCAGGAGCUUCCGACACGAAUGAAAGACCAGGACUUUUCGUACUCGUCGGCGCUGUCCGAGCUGACCGACGGGCAGGAAACGACUGAAAUAUCCACUUGUUCGGAUGUCUUCCAGAGGCCCCUGGUGCUCCAGAUCCUCAACAUGCGCAACGAGCUCAGGGGGUCGGAGGAGGAGUCCGAGAGCUCCGGGAAGACCGACGGGCAAGACCGGCGAGCCGAGCGUGAGGCGCGCCCCGGGCCCCACCGCGAGGAGCGCCACGGGCCCCCACAGCCCUACCAGCCGCACACGCCCUAUGCUGCCCGGGAGCCCGGCGAAGCCUCCAGACCGCGCGCGCCGGGGGAGCCCCGUGGACUCUACGAGCCCGACGCGCCCUCUGAGCCUCCAGGACCCUGCGAUCCCCACGAACCCUUCCCACCCUAUGAGCCCCAGAAGGCUGGUGCACCCCACAAGUCACGCAAGCCCUACCAGCCCGGGCUGCCCGGCGAACCCAAUGAGGCGGACGAAGCCAAGGUGCUUUCCGGCGCGGUGGUGCUGACCUCCCCGUCUCUGAUCACCAGAGCCCCGCCGCGGCCUCCGCUGGUUUCCCUGCGCGCAGCUCCUGUUGCCCGAGACUUUGUAAGGAAAUGUUUUUUUUCUAGGAAGAGAAUCCAAGAGCUUUCUAGGCCUAAAAAGCAAUGGGGAACCCCGGAUAGAAAAUUGUUUUGGGGAAAUCAAGAUCCCAUUUGGCCUGUUUCCCAGAAUGCUUUGAAGGCUCAGGCUUCCAAAAGACUCGACAACCUCGCCCAACCCAGGAAAAUCUCCCAACAUUACAUACCUAACAGGGCUCUAUAUUACUACAGCUGUGGAAGAGAGUCUGCAAUUUGGGACACCCCUCUCCCCGCCUUGUUCAGCCAGCCCUCUAAAAGAAUCCAAAGGCUGUCACAGCCCAAUAGAUUAAGUCAGUACCUCCUAAGCAGGCCCUUCAGUGCUGACUUAGCAAGAGAGUCUCUUCAGAUCUCUGAUCCUUCUCCUCGGAUAUUGCGACUGUCAAUAGCCAAAGGCACAGAUCCAAACUAUCUUCCCCCAAAAAUGAUUGAAAACAGGGUUCCAUUUUCUGCCCUGAAUGCUGUCGCCACGCCCAGAAUUAUAGACCUUGCCCACCCGAGGAUCAAGAUAGAGGGUCUGUGCUACGAGAGACAGCGAAGUGAAGUGCCCAUCCGCCCUGUAGCUGCUGCUGCCCUGCAAGCCACACCGAGCAGCCGAACAGUGAUGCUUGCGAUGCCCAAGUCUCUUCCUCAAGAUUAUCUACCCGCUCGUGAAGUUUGCUGGCCAGUGUCUCAUGCCGCAACCCAUUCCAAGGCAUCUAGUAGAAUUGAGGAGCUAGCUAAUUUAAAAAAGGGGGGUCCCACGCACAUGUUAUACUACGAUCCAAAUGUCUUUAAAGUCAAGCCAACUGCUUUGAAAGCAUAUUGUUCUCCAAGGGUCAAGGAGCUGGCAGAACCUCUGCUGCGUUAAAUGCGGAAAGCCACGUCAGUGAACCCCCGGGUCUGUAUUUAGAACACGUAUAGAUGACGUAGUUUCCCACUCUGGUGGUAUUAUUUACAUCCCCCUGAAUCCUCGAAAAACACGAGACCUCCAGGGAGCACCACUGAGAUUGCCAACGGCCAUUGCUGCUGUUACCUGUAACUGCAUCUUUCAGAGCUUGGGAUUCCGGCAUGCAAUAAAAGAAAAAGC